AUGGAGUACGAUCAGAUGCCAUCUCUGGAUUUGCCAGAGAUUGGGCCGUCAGGGACUAGGAAUGAGAGAGAUGAGAGUGAAGAACGGUUGUCAAGAUGGGAAUCCAGAAUAAAAGGUAUAAAAGGUGAGCCCACUCAUUCCUCAUCCUAUAAUCUAGAUCACCUCCCAACAUGGCACACUAGUAUGGGAUGUGGAAUUACCCGAGGAAAUGGCUUCCCUCGAGAAUUUGCUCAAGGCUGUCCUUCUCGAACAUCCCAAGCAACCAACAACGUGUUAGAGGUAAAUGAAUCCAGAUUAGAACCAUCCUCGCCACCACCACCACCUCCAUUGACACCCAGCCCUCCAACCAAUGACGAUGAACCUCUGGAUAGCGAAAAUGAAUCGAAGACGGUGCAGAGAACAACCACCCACUCACCAAGCCGUCACCCUCAGUGA